AUGCAGCAGCUGUCUCUGGACGAGCUGAAGCAGGUUUUGUUUCACGCCUUCAGAGAUCACCUGACCAUGAAGGACAUCGAGAACAUCAUCAUCACAGAAGAGGAGAGCCUCAACGAGACGGGGAACUGUCCGGAGUACGAGGGAGUCCAUCCCAAGAAGAAGAACCGUCAGACGUGCGUGCGGAAGAGCCUGAUCUGCGCCUUCGCCAUGGCGUUCAUCAUCUCCGUCAUGCUCAUCGCGGCCAAUCAGAUGCUCCGAGCCAUGACGACCACCUCCCCCCAUCACCGCCCCCCCAUCACCUCCCCUCCUCUGGCUCAGACACAGGCCGAAGCCACUGGUCUCACCGUCGCCGCUGUUUCUACACGUUUGUUUGGACUUCACAAUGUGUUUUAA